AUGGGCUCUAUUUGCAUUAACGAAAAGUAUAUUAGUUUGGUUAUGAACUCAAAUAUCGUCAUCUUCAAAAAGAUAACCAUCAUCUUCCUCAAGAAUAGAUAUCUCUCUUUUGGUCACAUUACUAAGUCUCAAGUCACACUCCUUUUAUUACAAGCAAUUCAUCGCACCUUUUCACAUUAUAAGAGAGACCACUCAACGUCACUGAGAAGCCUUCGUUUUCCUUGCUUCUAUUCCAUGGCUGGAAACACCUCAACUAACGUCGUUCUCUUUCUUCUGGUUUUGGUAUUUAUGUGGAACCCGUUGAUUUCAUUGUCGUGGGAUAAUCCGCCGCCAGAAUGCCCGGCAUGCCUGCCUCCGCCGUCAACUGAAUGUCCCCCACCACCGCCAUCACAACCGAGUAGUUAUUCGCCGCCACCACCGGGGUCCAUAUAUUACUAUUCUCCGCCGCCACCGCCAAGUUAUGUACCCUAUUAUUCUCCUCCCACAGGUUAUUUUUCGACGCCUCCCCCGCCAAAUCCUAUAAUUCCAUGGUUCCCAUGGUACUACCAGACGCCUCCUUCGGCUUCCUCUGGUUGUGGCAGACGAAAGAUGGGAAUUUGGCUUGUCAAUUUCGCUGCUGUUUCUUUUGCUUUUCUCUUAUGUUAAUCAGUAUUGUUGCCUUUUGAUAAGAUUUUAUUUUAUUUUAUUUUAUUUCUGUUAAUUAGUACUAGAGAUUGUAAUUCGAGAAAUGUUGAAGCUAAUGCUUCUUAAUUUGUUCUCACAACUUUUGCUGAACUUUUUCGGAAGUUUACGCCCGAAAAGAAAUAUGGAAUACAAGAUUCAUGAA